AUAAAUUUACAUAUAUUUUAUGUUGUGUAAUAAAUGGAUUUAUGUGUUAUUUAUUUUCUUUCAUUUGGUUAGAAUUAUUAUAUUGUUUGUAUAUUUUACAAUUUUCUUAACAGUUUACAGACAAGUUUAAUAGCCCUGGGAGGUUGCAAUAAAUGCAAAAGUUAAUAUGAUGAAAAUGAAUAAUGAAAUUGAUCAACACUGUUGUGAUAUAUUUAUAAAAAUAUCUUAUUUGUUUCUCAAAGGGAAAAGUUUGAAUUUUUCGUAAUUUUAUUAAUUAUAUUAUUAUAGUAGUAAAGUAAUAACAUGCAUAUUAGUGUAAUACAAAAAAGUAUUCUUAAUUUGGUUAGGUUUGGUUGACUGAUAUCUGUGUGUGAUAUUAGUUUCCUGACCUUUUCAUUGGGUUCCUAUAUGCAGGCCUUGUGCAUAUGUUUGAACUGAGAAUUUUCCUGAGUAAGGUGAAUUGUUGCCUAGUAGCUUUGUUGCAAUACUGAACAUUUUCAAUGUCUGAAUCUUUAACUGUGGAUUUGCUGUCAGAACAUCACUAUUUAAGUUCAUGCAAUCAUUAUAUUUACUUUGCCUUUAACAAGUCUUGUCACUCUACUGUUAAAUUGCUAGUGCAACAUCAUUCUGUUACCUUUUUGGUAAUAAAAUCUCCUUACAUUUUAACCAGUGCCUGUAGUCUUAUAUAAGGAGUGGAAGGAAUCUGGAGUUUGAUCCCUUGGUCAUAGGGGCAGAUUUUAGACACCUGUCACAAUAUUACAAAUGUCUGAAUGGUGAGAGCUUCUGACUGCGGCGCUAUGAAGCUGUAGCUCCACAAUCAGGAAAGAAAACUCGUUCUCGUGGGAAAUACACUUGAACUUUGACCUCAUGGCUAGUACUGAGAUCCCCAGUGUCUUCCCUACACCCACGGAAGGGGUCUCAAACCGAACACACACUCUGUCUGCAGCUGAUAUAGCGGUGCUUGUUGUGUAUUUCAUACUGAUCCUGGCAGUAGGACUAUGGUCUAUGUGGAAAACCAAGAGAAGCACAGUGAAUGGAUAUUUCCUAGCAGGGAAAAACAUGACCUGGUGGCCGGUGGGUACGUCUCUAUUUGCUAGUAACGUGGGCAGCGGUCACUUCAUUGGUCUGGCUGGAUCAGCAGCCGCCGCAGGCAUCGCCCCCACUGCAUAUGAGUGGAAUGGUAUGCUGGUGGUUCUGCUCCUAGGCUGGUUCUUCCUCCCUAUCUACAUAGCUUCUGGGGUGACAACUAUGCCGGAAUAUCUUCAGAAGAGAUUUGGAGGCAAAAGAAUACAGAUAUUUAUUGCCAUUUUGUCAUUAUUUAUUUACAUCUUCACAAAAAUAUCGGUGGAUAUGUACGCUGGGGCUGUGUUCAUACAGCAGGCUCUGGGCUGGAAUAUUUAUCUUGCUGUCAUUCUUCUCCUCAUCAUUACUGCUCUCUAUACUGUAGCAGGUGGUCUUGCAGCCGUCAUCUACACAGAUGCAGCUCAGACUCUCAUCAUGCUGAUUGGGGCCCUGACACUUAUGGGCUACAGUUUUGUGGAGGUCGGGGGCUUUCAGGCCAUUUUUGAUGGCUACAGCAAUGCCAUUCCCUCCAUUAGAGUCCCAAACACCACCUGCGGGAUCCCUCGCGAGGACGCCUUCCACAUUUUCCGGGAUCCUGUGACCUCUGACCUUCCCUGGCCAGGGGUGCUGCUGGGAAUGACAGUCCCCUCCAUAUGGUACUGGUGUUCGGACCAGGUUAUAGUGCAGCGCUCACUGGCUGCUAAGAACCUGCUGCAUGCUAAAGGAGGCUCUUUGCUGGCUUCCUACCUUAAGGUCCUGCCCUUCUUCAUGAUGGUGCUGCCAGGCAUGAUCAGCCGAAUCCUCUAUCCAGAUGAGGUUGGCUGUGCAGACCCUGAAGUGUGUCAGAAGGUUUGUGGGAAUUCUGUAGGCUGCUCUGACAUCGCCUAUGCCAAACUGGUCAUGGAACUCCUUCCUUCAGGUCUGCGGGGUCUGAUGAUGGCCGUAAUGCUAGCUGCUCUCAUGUCUUCCCUGACCUCCAUCUUUAACAGCUCCAGCACUCUGUUCACCAUGGACUUAUGGAGAUAUUUCCGCCGUACUGCCACAGAGUGGGAGCUCAUGAUCGUAGGCAGAGUGUUUGUCCUGGUCUUGGUGGUGGUGUCCGUGCUAUGGAUCCCCCUGGUUCAGGCCAGUCAAGGUGGCCAGCUCUUCAUCUACAUCCAGUCUAUCAGCAGCUACAUGCAGCCGCCUGUCUCUGUGGUGUUCAUGGCAGGCUGCUUCUGGAGAAGGACAAGCGAGAAGGGGGCAUUCUGGGGUUUAGUGCUGGGGCUGCUGGUUGGCCUUGUGAGGAUGAUUCUGGAUUUCAUCUACCCUGUACCACAGUGCUACGAGACAGACACCAGGCCUGAUAUUAUCAAAUAUGUGCACUAUCUGUAUUUCUCCAUCAUCCUCUCCCUGUUCACACUUGCUGUGGUGGUGUGUGUCAGCCUGGCCACGGAGAAACCCACAGAAGAACAGGUAAGUCGGCUGACGUGGUUCACAAGGUUUGAUCCUGUGAAGAGCAGUGAGGCCAGUAAAGAAGCUGGAACCCUUACUAUCGAUAACGGCUUACAUCAGGAAAAGGAGAAGAGUCAUGGAAAUGUGACAGAGAACACAAAUGGAUCGAGUACACGCCAUGCUGAGAAACCCUCUAAGCUGAAGUCCACUCUGCUCUGGCUGUGUGGGAUGGAGCAGGAUUCAGAAGGAGAGCGGCCCCCUCCAUCACCGCCUGAGGCUGUCAUGUGCUCCCUCGAGGAAGAGCCCUGUCUGAGGCAUGUGGUAAAUGCCAACCUCAUUGUGUGCCUGUCAGUGGCAGUGUUUCUGUUUGCCUUCUGGGCAUGACAGGCCUUAAGCUUUAAUAAAGGCUAGGGACACUGGCAAUCCUUGAAA